CGAACUGCUUAUAAUCACAAGUGAGCAAUGGCGGACACUCCUAGAACAGUUGUUCUACCACUCCCUUUUCUCCACCCAUUCAUCUUCUUCCUCUAACACUCCUCUUCUUCUUCUUCGAUCGAAUCGAAAAUUUGGGGGAAAUAUAUUCGAUUUUCUUCCUUUUAUUAUUAUUUUGCCUUUUUUUAGGAGGAACAGUUUUUAAUUUGUUCGAUUGAAGGCAAAGAAGAAAUGGCUGUGGCUAUGGCUUCCAGUGGCAGCAAAUUAGGGUUUUAUUGCAGCAAUUGGAGAGGUGUGGAGAAGCAAUCUGGUGUUCGUCUUGCUUGUCCUUUUGCUCUCGAUUCAGCACCUCUGCUCUCUUGCAUUGUUUCCAGGAACAGCUUACGCUCUUCGAUGAGUGCAUUUAUUGUAAAAGCGUCGCCGGUUCCAGCUGUCGAGGAUGGAAGUCCUCAGGACACCGAUGUAGUUCCGACGCCAGUUGUUGUAAUAGAUCAAGAUUCGGACCCGGACGCCACUAUCGUAGAAAUCACCUUCGGGGAUCGUCUCGGGGCUCUCCUUGACACGAUGAACGCUCUGAAAAACCUUGGACUGAAUGUCGUCAAGGCGAAUGUGGUUCUCGACUCUUCCGGAAAACACAACAGAUUCGCUAUCACUAAAGCCUCGACUGGAAGAAAGGUCGACGAGCCGGAGUUGCUAGAGGCGAUCCGUCUAACAAUCAUCAACAAUAUGAUCGAGUAUCAUCCGGAGUCGAGCGGUCAGUUAGCCUUAGGGGCGGCGUUUGGCCUAACGCCACCGAGCAAAGAGGUCGAUGUCGACAUAGCUACACACGUUCACGUCUACGAGGAUAGCCCCGACCAAAGCCUGCUCGUCGUCGAGACGGCGGAUCGUCCGGGAUUACUGGUGGAUCUUGUGAAGAUCAUUACCGACAUUAACAUCGCCGUUCAAUCCGGGGAAUUCGAUACCGAGGGGCUGCUGGCGAAGGCGAAAUUCCAUGUAAACUACAAGGGGAAAGCUUUGAUCAAACCUCUGCAACAGGUUUUGGGGAAUAGUUUACGGUAUUUCUUGCGCCGGCCGAGCACCGAGGAAGCGAGUUUUUAGCGAGACGGGGGAUUGUUUCGAAACCGAUGACGCCGGUCGUUGUUUUUGCGAAUAAAUAGGCGAUCGAUCAAUCAACGGACGAUGACGAUGUUGUGGUCGUCGUCCUUGUCCUAAUGAUGCUGCAAUUCUUACAUAGAUUGUUCGAUUGUCUGGAUAUUUGUUUUUUUU